GGACAAAGAACAUCACUGUUAUUUCAAACGUGUGCUCAAACCCAACAAACGGCUCGUCGUUGAGGCAACUCCAAAGAAACCCCUCUGAAAUACCAAAAUACAACUAAACAACAAAAUUUGGUUGUGUUCUUUUCCGUUACAUUUUUUCUGAAUUUAAACGAAAAAAAGACAAGCGCUUUGCGUUUUUCCAAUUUCCUCUAUUUUUUGAAAGCAGCAAAUAAAAACCAAACACUAUCAACAUGUCCAUCUCUGAUUUCCGCAAGAAGAAGUUGUUGUUCUUGUUCAACGUUUUCUUUGAUGUGAAUCAAAGCGGUGAAAUUGACAUUAAGGAUUUCGAAUUGGCCAUUGAGCGUGUUUGCCAACUACGUGGCUGGGCUAAGGAUACGCCAAAGAAUAAGGAAAUCCACACUGUCAUGUUGGAAAUUUGGGAAGGUCUGCGCUCAAAGGCUGACAAGGACAACGAUGGUCAGGUCUCCGUCGACGAGUGGUGCAACAUGUGGGACGCCUAUGCCAAGGACCCCAGCACCGUUAUGGACUGGCAAAACAAGUACAUGAAUUUCAUGUUCGAUUUGGAAGAUGCCUCCACGGAUGGCAGCAUUGAUGUCAACGAAUUCGCCUUGGUCUGCUCCAGCUACGGCCUGGAGAAGAAGGAAUGCGAAGAGGCAUUCGCCAAAAUGGCCCAGGGCCAGUCUGAAGUAACACGUGAACAAUUCGCUGCCUUGUGGAAGGAAUACUUUGCUGCCGAGGAUACCAAUGCACCAGGAAAUUUCAUUUUUGGCAAAACCUCAUUUUAACAAAAUUAAUCGAACGUGUGAUAGGCUUCAAUUAAAAUAAUGAAAACAAAAAACAAAAAAAAAA